AUGGCGACCACGACUACAUCGACGUUUGUUCCAUAUAUCACUCCUCCGCCUGGUACGGUAUCAAAUCCGACACAUCCAGCAUCGCUUUCAUAUGAGACGCAUAUUACAAUUGGAAUUUCGAUUGGUUUCGUUACUCUGUUCUUACUUGCGCGUCUAUGGGCUCGAGCUAUAAUCAAGAAGACUUGGAUAUUGGAGGAUUGGCUUGUAUUAACAGCAUGGCUCGGUACGGUUGUCUACGAUGCGGUGGUGGGACUUGUGAUGGCGAAUCACGGAGGUGAGCAUGUCUGGGAUAUCACCCAUGCGCAGGCCAAAGACGCGCUCUACUGGUUCAACAUUGCAUCAGUCGUAUACGGUUUCGUCAUCCUCCUCACAAAACUAUCGGUAUUAUUCCUCUACCGACGAGUCUUCUCCCCCGUACGAUGGAGUCCAUUCGACUGCAUCAUUGUCGCCCUCAUCGCCAUUAUGGCAUGCUUCUACAUCAGCACAUGCAUAGUGAAAAUCAUGCAAUGUACCCCUCGAUCCAAGAUUUGGGAUAGUUCGGUUCAUGGAACGUGUAUCAAUGAAUCGGAAUUGCUCAAUACAAGUGGUUUUUUCAACACGAUCACGGAUUAUAUCAUUCUCAUUUUGCCUAUACAUUCAGUUUUGAGGUUGCAGCUUAGCCGGACGAAGAAGAUGCUGGUUGUUUUGGUAUUUACUUUCGGUCUUUGUGCACCGGUAUUCAGCACCAUCGGAUUAGUUGUCCGAUUCAGAAUCAGCGGCAGUCCGGACAUAACAUGGAAUGAGCCCGAAAUUCUUCUAUGGGGUGCCGCCGAAAUCACAUCAGGUUUCCUAAUAGUCUGCUUCCCCGAAAUGUCCUUCCUCAUAAACCGCAAAUCGAGAAAGAGAAACUACCCGCGCCGCCCAACGACCAUGGACGUCUCCGGAUCCAGUGGCACGGGGAUGAAUUCGCGCAAUAGAUCACGCAAAAUGGGCAGUAAUCGCGACGACUUGACAUACUACGAACUCGAUGAUGAUAUUGUAUAUGGUGUCCGAGUCAGUCCGUCUGGAAGUAAUUCGAGAUUACAUGAGCCUGCGCACGGGACUGUGCAGGUUCAUCAUGAGAUUACAAUUGAGUCUAAUAAAAAGGAGGAAGUUGUAACGGUGAAUGGGCAAAGAUGA